GCAACAAUGGUAGGUAGAGAUGGAUUUAGAUUAGAUGUAGACAACGUGGUAAGAAUCGUACCUGCCGCAAUCCCCAGCUCAAGCCCUGCCAACGUCGUCCAGAUUCGGGCAUCAUCACCAUGGCAUGUUCAACCUAUUGAGGCAUCGGAUACUAGUUGCCUGCCUCAGCGACCUGUAGCGAUGUGGCAUUUUCGACUGGCAGUGUUGUCCUGCCUGACAUUGAGGCGAAGUCGAGCCGUGGAAGCUAUGCUUCAAGUUCGGUCACCGUUACUUUCUCUCGCAGAGAAAAUCGAAUCUUUUUCUUCCGGGCUCCCAACAUGGCCAUUAUCACCCUCCGCUUGUGCCGCUCAGCCGCUUAUGUACGUCCACAGACACAGCUACGUGGAGGCGUGUAAUUCCGCGCGAGGGAUGAUCAUUCUUUUUCCACCAACUAUGGCUGACAAGUACAAUUCUGCACCCUUCGGUCGUCGAAUAAAAUGGAUCAUAGUGAUACCGUGCGGUCCUGGGGUACCCCGAAGGGCGUAUCAUUAUUGGUGUCUGUGGAGCUCUUCUAGGUCUUAUCAAACCUUCACCACUCCGGAAGGCCAGUCUACAUGUAUCCUUUUCUGGGAGACCAGGCGUUGAGCCUUGUGUCCGGCGAGCCUGUGACGAAUUCUCCCGCAAAGCCACACAAAGUGACAAAUGUCAUAGUUCGGUGAUACCAGGGAGUUAUGAGCGUAUGCCCUCAAAUAACGCUCCAAACCCUACCUGCUAUCGUGAUAGUUGACUCCGCUUUGCGGGGAUUUGCGCAAUGUGUCAACGAUAGUGGAGUCGUGGACGUGGCUCCCUUACCAAAAGCAGUUUCUAGGACGUCCUCGUGAAUGGAAUUGGGAGUUUUCAAUUUGCGAUGCCCCUUCCUUAUGUCAUUCUCCUACCUCCAGGGGUAAAGCUGAUCAUCGCAAAUCAAACAAAUGGUACAGGGGCACAAAUAUUGAUGAGACCACAUGAAACCCUCUGUCCACGAGAUCUCAACACAGACACAGACACAAGCAACUAAUCGUGAUGCCAUCAUUGCCCCGUGCACGUUCACCCUA